AUGGAUAUCCUAAGAGUCCUCUCGCGAGGCAUCAAACAGGCCCCGAGAAAAGAGGGAGCCUCGACACAGUCCGCCAGCAAGCUUCCCUCCGCUGGUACCCGAACAAAUCCCCAACUCUUCCACGAUGAAGUCGGAUCCAAGAACCUGAAGCGCAAACGGACCACGGAAGUGACGAAGGAAGAAACUGAGGAGGAACUGAGCGACCUUGACUUCUUCGCCCCCAAGACCGAGGUUAAAGGCGAGCGCAAACACCACCAGAAAAAGCCCACGGAGGAGCCACCGAACAAACCGGGACAAAGACCAAAAUUGCUUGACGAAGACGAAUGUCGGCAAUUGCUACGAUCUCAUCGACUCAAGUUUACUUUGCUCUCUUCUCGGCAAGAAAAAAAGACAAAGGUGAAGAAGAGUAAGAAGAAAAAGGCACUAAAAGUCGAGCCGACGGAGGAGAAGAAGCAACUGUUUCCUCAACCACUGAAGUCGUUCAGCGAGCUUCGCUCUACGUACGACGUCUCUUCUCGACUUGCCGAUAAUCUGGACGCCCAGAGCUACAAAAUACCAACCGAAGUUCAACUUGCGAGCCUGCCGCUACUCCUUCGCCCUGAAGUUGCUCUACCUAGUCUUGAUGGAGAUAAUACAUGGGGAGAAGGUGUCGAUUUCAUGGCGGUUGCGCCUACUGGAAGUGGAAAGACGCUCAGUUUCCUCAUACCGGCCAUCAAUGGUGUAAUGCGCCGGAAAGCUCAGGACAAGUCUCGGAAAGAGCACCAGCUGGAGGCAAUUGUCAUCGCCCCCACCAGAGAACUUGCGAACCAAAUUGUCAACGAGGGGCGGAAGCUCACCGUCGGUACGGGAGUCAGGGUCGUUGCUAUGAAAAAAGGGAUGAGGGUCGCGGCUGAGACUCCUGAUGGCGCUCAAGGAAGUGACGAUGAGGUCUCUGAUGACGAUUCAGACGACGACUCGGGAGCGGAAGGAGGAGACGAUUCCUCUAAGCCUGUCACCAAAGCUGAUGUUCUUGUUACAACACCGAUGUUACUGCUCAAUUUUCUGAAGCGCGGCUCAUCGAAGAAGAACCUCCCUACCGUGCAGUCCUUGAUUCUGGAUGAAGCUGAUGUCCUACUUGAUCCACUCUUCAGAGACCAAACCCUCGGUAUCUGGUCAGCUUGCACAAACUCAGACCUUCGUCUCACAUUUUGGUCAGCAACGAUAGGCUCUAAUAUUGAAACGUUGAUUUCGGAUCAACUAAGCUCACAUGCGAUGUCGCGAGGUCUAUCGGUUAAACCACUGGUUAGACUUGUUGUCGGCCUGAAGGAUACUGCUGUGCCUAACAUCACCCAUAAACUCAUAUAUACGGCUACGGAGCCAGGCAAACUGCUUGCUCUCCGCCAGCUGCUUCAUCCUGUAUCUGGCGCCGACUCUGGUCCACCGUUACGGCCGCCUUUCCUGGUCUUUACACAGACGAUCGAACGAGCUACAGCCCUUCAUGAGGAGCUCAAAUACGACAUCCCAUUAGAGGCUGGCGGUCCGUCCAGAAUUGCGGUGCUCCAUUCUUCCCUAGCAGACUCAAUUCGAUCAGAUAUCAUGCGACGGUUCAGGGCCGGCGAGAUCUGGGUCCUCGUCACCACCGAUGUGCUGGCACGAGGAGUCGAUUUCGCAGGUGUCAACGGAAUUGUCAAUUACGAUGUCCCCGGCUCAGCUGCCGCGUAUGUCCAUCGCGCGGGCAGGACUGGUCGAGCGGGCCGCGAGGGUGGUGUUGCCGUCACAUUCUACACGAAGGAAGAUAUACCGUUCGUCAAGAGCGUUGCCAACGUUAUUGCGCUUAGCGAGAAGCAAGCUGGGAAAGCGAGCAAUGAGGCAGAUGUCCAGCAGUGGUUGUUGGAUGCCCUUCCUAAUGUGAAGAAGGAAGACAAGAAGCGGCUGAAGACCCACGGUGUUGAAGCUAGGCGGUCUGGCGCCAAAGCAAAGAUCACGUCAAAGAGUGCUUGGGAGAGACGAAAAGAGAAUAACAAGCGAGGUGCUAUUCAGGGGAGCAAGCGGAGAAAAACACAAGAUCAAGGUGCUGGAGAUGGAGCGGCUGAGACAGAGUGGAGUGGGCUUGAUGAUUAA